UAGGCUUCCUCCGACGAUUAGACCUCGCCGGCCGAGUCACCAGCCGGACAAUCAACUCAUGGAUCAGCUCCCUCUUCUUGGGAGCGGCCCCAAAGCCGCAGCCAUUACCCCUUCCUUCGUCGCAACGGAUCAGUACGCCGCAUCCACAUCAGCUUCACCACCGGAAAAGGCGCCGCCGGCAGCACCGCUCCCGGCCCCGGAACACCAUGGAAAGUCCAGCCACAACAGGAGAUCAUCUGACACGAUCAAGGCCAAGAUCAUGUCGCAUCCUCUCUAUCCGGCUCUCCUCGGAGCCUUCAUAGACUGCCGGAAAGUCGGAGCGCCGCCGGAAGUCGUUGGUCGGCUCUCCUCCCUCGUCGACGAGCUCCGGCCAAAUUCAGCCGGCAGGCAGGAACAGCCGGCGGACCCAGAGCUCGACCAGUUCAUGGAGACCUACCGUGAUAUGCUGGUGAAGUACAGUCAGAAGCUCACGAGGCAAAUCCAAGACGCCAAUCAGUUCUUGAGGAGCGCCGAGGCCCAUAUCGACUCGUUUGCACUAGGUGUGUGCAUGCUUAAUUACACUAAGUUACUAGUAUUUUUGCGGGCUUGUCUUUCUAGGUUUGGGAGUUUGAGAUAAUGCCAAGACUGUUGCAGCUUUGCAGGCAUAUCCUAUACUUACUUAUCAUCUUUGUUUUUUGCGGGAAUACUUUCUUUUAUUGGAACUUUCGAUCUAUUCAUCUCUAAUCAUUGUAGUACAACAAACGCAAAAAAUAAUAAA